AACAGCCGGCGCGCGGUUGCCUGCUCCUUCUGCUGCCGACCCUCAUGGCUUCCUCCUCCGCCUCAACGACCGACAAGCGGCCUUGGGUCGAGAAAUACCGGCCCAAGUCGAUGGACGAGGUCUCGCACCAGGAGGAGGUGACGGCGGCGCUGCGCAACGCCAUCGAGUCGAACAACCUGCCUCACCUGAUCUUUUACGGCCCGCCCGGCACGGGCAAGACCUCGACGAUCCUCGCGGCCGCGCGCAGCCUCUUCGGCGACGAGCUCCGCUCGCGCGUGAUGGAGCUCAACGCCUCGGACGAGCGCGGCAUCGCCGUCGUGCGCAACAAGAUCAAGUCGUUCGCGCAGGUCUCCGUCGGCACGGGCGGCACCAGCCGUGGCCUCCCACCGUACAAACUAAUCAUCCUCGACGAGGCCGACUCGAUGACCAGCGACGCGCAGUCGGCGCUUCGCCGCACGAUGGAGACGUACUCCAAGGUGACCCGCUUCUGCAUCAUCUGCAACUACGUCUCGCGCCUCAUCCCCCCGAUCGCCUCGCGCUGCGCCAAGUUCCGCUUCAAGCCUCUGCCGCACGCCUCGAUGGUCGAGCGCCUGUCGGCCAUCGCCUCCGCAGAGGGCGUCGCCAUCGACGAGCCGACCUUGCGCGAGCUCAUGCGCGUCUCGGAGGGCGACAUGCGGCGCGCCAUCCAGCUGCUCCAGUCGCUCCACCGCCUGCACGGCGACGAGAUCGGGCCGCAAGCAGUGCUCGACCUGUCCGCCGCCCUCCCGGACGAGAAGAUCGGCGAGACCGCCGAUCGUUGGCUGCCGCCCGAGCAUGGCGAGACCUUCGCUGUCUGCCGCGCAAACGACUUUUCAAAGCUGGGCGCGCUCUCCGCCUCCCUCUCCGCACUCACCGGCGUACUCGCCUCCUCCCUCCUCGCCGACGGUUACCCCGUCGACCAGAUCAUCGCGCAGAUGCUCGAGCACAUCGCAGCCUCGAGCGACCUCGGAGACCGCCAAAAGGCGCAAGUCGCCACGGACAUCGCCGCGCCGGCGACUACCUGCAGCUGAUGAACGUGCUCGCGAGCACCUCGCGCGCGCUGGCGGCGCCCGCGUGAGUCUGGAGGGGCACACGCGGUGUUGCGUUCGUCGUGGCGCCGUCCUCGGAACUCUCUAGCGAGGGGCGUGGCGCGCAUCUCACGCGCCCUUCGCGUUGAGCUGAGGGAGAAGAGAGAUAGUGAUACUCGUACGGUAGCGAGACAGCGUAGCGGCACACACAGCGCAGAGUCCGCCGGACAUCGGCGGCCCUGAUACAUUGGUUCCACCGUCUGGUUGCGUGCGCCGUGCGCGCGGUGCGCGGUCUGCGUGUGCGCGCGUGUCAUUAGAUAUUAAUUACACUUCUCCGCGUGGCUUAAUUUGA